CUGCAUGAUAAGCUUACCCUAAACUACGAAGUUUCAGGGGACAGGACCCCAGUCCUGGUCAUUCUGGUAACUUGGUUCCCACAGCAUUCAGAUUUAAAAUGCCUUUUCAUAUUAGCAUCUCUAAUGUUAGUUGAAUUUGGUGGAGACAGGAAAUGGACCCAGAAUUUCAGGGCUUCGGAGAUAUUCUCUGAGUCCAUUUGCCAGCUUUCUUAAGCAAGCAAUUAUCCGUGCAAGCUUGAUCCUGAGACGAACGCAAGGGCUACCCUAAACACUGCUGUGUUUCAGGGAAAAAAAAAGUAAAGAAAGAAACUAAGGACUUUUCCCCCUUUCAUCUUUCUAAACAAGCAACCUGAAAUACUUAACUGGGCACAUUGCGACACUUGUGAAUCUGAUAAUACUCGUUCUCACAAUCUAUAUGCACGCAACUACAAGUCUGGAGACCAAAUGUUUACCUUUUCAAAAUAACAUGUUCAAGAAAGGUGGUUCCAGCCAACCUCCCUGUCUGUUGAAUGUGCUCUGGCAGCUUCCUGAUGCUAGCCUUUCCCACCCCUCGAAUUUCAGAUUGAAAAAACAAACUUCCCUUGUCACGCUACACCAUCUUGAAUCUGAUAGCUUAAAGGCAUUAAAGUCUGAUAAAUGCAGCUCUUCUCUGCUCCUUUUGGGCUGCAUUUAGAAGGCAAAUCAAGAGGAUUUUCCUUUUCCUCGAUGUGGCAGAACUCUAUAAAGGGCUUCUGUUUUGUAAUCUGUUUUCGAGAUCUGAUGCGUGUGUUUCUAACGCCCUGUCACGUGAGGAGGUCUGACGUAGUCACCCAACAUGACUAUGAGAAAAUGCGCUGUAAAGAUGUGUGUGGCAUGGUGGAGCUGGAUCACUGAAGCAGGGUCCUUUGUCAGAACCCUGCUCACAGAAAAUAGCAGAUCCAUGCAGUAGAUUCCACUUCACUUCCAUACAGGCCCCACGCUGGCCCAAAACGGACUGCGAGCUUGACUUUUGCAGGAUUCCAGAUGACAGUCAUGUCCCUUUCCAGGGACCUCAAGGACGACUUUCACAGUGACACAGUGCUCUCCAUCUUAAAUGAGCAGCGCAUCCGGGGCAUUUUAUGUGAUGUCACUAUUAUCGUGGAAGACACCAAAUUUAAAGCCCACAGCAAUGUCCUGGCUGCUUCAAGCCUUUAUUUCAAAAAUAUCUUUUGGAGCCAUACCAUCUGUAUUUCCAGCCACGUCCUGGAACUGGAUGAUCUCAAAGCAGAAGUGUUUACAGAAAUCCUUAAUUAUAUCUACAGCUCCACUGUUGUCGUCAAGAGACAGGAAACAGUCACUGAUCUCGCAGCUGCAGGAAAAAAGCUGGGAAUAUCCUUCUUAGAAGAUCUUACGGAUCGCAACUUCUCAAAUUCCCCAGGUCCCUAUGUAUUCUGCAUUACCGAAAAGGGAGUGGUUAAAGAAGAAAAAAAUGAAAAAAGGCACGAAGAACCAGCCAUCACUAAUGGGCCAAGGAUCACCAAUGCGUUUUCCAUCAUUGAAACAGAAAAUAGUAAUAACAUGUUUUCUCCACUGGAUUUGAGGGCAAGUUUCAAAAAGGUCUCCGACUCCAUGAGAACCACUAGCCUUUGCCUGGAGAGGACUGACGUCUGCCACGAGGUGGAGCCCGUGCGCACCCUCGCCGAGCACUCUUACGCCGUGUCUUCCAUGGCCGAGGCCUACAGGAGUCAGCCUGUGCGUGAACAGGACAGUGGUUCACCUGAGAAAACAGGUACAGAAAAUUGCGAAGCCGUUGCAGCAAAACCGAAAACAUCCCGAAAGCCAAAGACACCCUCUGUAUCCCAGGAUUCGGAUUCCACUCCAGAAAAUAUAUCACCCCCUCCAGCUUCCAACUUAGAGGUGAAUCAAGAAGAAAGUCCCCAGCCAGUGGCAAUUCUUUCCCGCUCAAAGUCUCCCAACAAUAAUGAAGGAGAGGUCCGUUUUCCCAGAGAAGAUGAAAAUAAAUCCUCUGAAGUCCCUGGGCCACCAGCCACAGAGGUUCCACCUCUCGUUUACAAUUGUAGCUGUUGCUCCAAAUCUUUCGACAGUAGCACUUUGCUCAGUGCCCACAUGCAGCUUCACAAGCCAACCCAGGAGCCUUUAGUGUGCAAGUACUGCAACAAGCAGUUCAGCACCCUCAACAGACUGGAUCGGCACGAGCAGAUCUGUAUGAGGUCAAGCCACAUGCCCGUUCCUGGAGGGAAUCAGCGCUUUUUAGAAAACUAUCCCACCAUUGGGCAGAACGGAAGUUCCUUCACAGGUCCAGAAUCUUUAUUAUCUGAGAACAGGAUGGGUGAAUUUUCCAGUCCUGGAAGUACCUUGCCAGAAACAGACCACAUGGUCAAAUUCGUUAAUGGGCAAAUGCUCUACAGCUGCGUUGUAUGCAAACGUAGUUAUGUGACUUUAUCCAGCCUCCGAAGACACGCAAAUGUUCACUCAUGGAGAAGAACAUAUCCUUGCCAUUACUGCAACAAAGUAUUUGCAUUGGCUGAGUACAGGACAAGACAUGAGAUUUGGCACACAGGAGAGAGGCGGUAUCAGUGCAUUUUCUGCCUGGAAACGUUCAUGACCUACUAUAUACUCAAAAACCACCAGAAGUCUUUCCAUGCCAUCGAUCACAGACUUUCCAUCAGUAAAAAAACAGCGAAUGGAGGAUUGAAGCCUAGUGUCUAUCCAUAUAAACUUUAUAGGCUUCUGCCCAUGAAAUGCAAAAGGGCUCCUUACAAGAGCUACCGACAUUCUUCCUACGAAAACACUCGAGAAAACAGUCAGAUGAAUGAGUCGGCACCUGGUCCCUAUGUUAUUCAGAAUCCACACGGCUCUGAAUUACCUACUCUGAAUUUCCAAGACAGUGUAAGCACCUUGACCAACAGUCCAGCCAUUCCAUUGGAAACACCAGCACGCCAGGACCUGCCCACUCCCGCCAGUGUACAAAACACAGAGGGUACCAAAUGGGGAGAGAGGGGAGAGUUGAAAGUUGAUCUGGACAGUCGCUUUUAUUCAGCGGAGAUGUCAGUUCCUUCCACUGAAAACACCUGCAGUUCAGACCACCGGGCGGGGGAAGCACCCACUUUGUCCGCAAGUAAUGGCAGUGAGAACUCCGCCUCUGUGAUCAGCUACAGUGCCUCGGCCCCCUCGGUCAUCGUGCACAGCAGCCAGUUUUCAUCAGUGAUAAUGCACAGCAAUGCCAUCACCCCCGAGAUGGGCCACAAGCCCAGAGCCCCUUUGGACCUGGCUGUCAGUCAGACUCCGAAAGAGGAUGGCAGACCUGAACCAGACAAAAUGGGAAGGGGCGUCAACAGACCCAAGAGUGGGAAGGAGAAAAAGAAAACCAUCCCGUGUAACAGGGGGGAGAUACCAGAGGAGCCCAGAUACGUUGCUGAUCCUGGAGGGUCCUUGAGCAAAACCACCAAUAUCAUGAAAGAGACCAGUAAAAUUGAAACUUACAUCGCCAAGCCCGCUCUCCCCGGAACCUCCACAAACAGCAACGUGGCACCCCUUUGCCAAAUAACGGUGAAAAUUGGGAAUGAAGCCAUUGUGAAAAGGCACAUCCUAGGAUCGAAGUUGUUCUAUAAACGGGGGAGGAGGUCCAAGUACCAAGUCCAAGAGGAGACCCUGCCCCAAGAGAGUGACCAGGAAACGAACAGGGCCAGUCCCCUUGGGCUCUGCCAGGCCGAGUGCAUGGAGAUGAGUGAGAUGUUUGACGAUGCCAGUGACCAGGAUUCCACGGACAAACCGUGGCGCCCUUACUACAACUACAAACCCAAGAAGAAAUCCAGACAGCUGAGAAAGAUGAGGAAAGCCAACUGGAGGAAGGAGCACGAGAACAGGAGCCCAAGUGGUAAGUGUAAAUACCCUGCUGAACUGGACUGCGCCGUGGGGAAGGUGCCCCAGGAGAAGCCCCUGGAGGAGGAAGAAAAUAAAGAGAUGCCCAAGUUGCAGUGUGAGCUCUGUGACGGAGACAAAGCCUCGGGGGCCGGGAACCCAGGGAGGCCCCACCGGCAUCUCACGGCCAGGCCUUAUGCUUGCGAGCUCUGCGCCAAGCCGUUCCAAAGCCCCUCCACCCUCAAGAUGCACAUGAGAUGUCACACGGGCGAGAAGCCAUACCAGUGCAAGACCUGUGGGCGCUGCUUCUCGGUGCAAGGCAACCUACAGAAGCACAUGCGUAUCCACCUGGGCGUGAAGGAGUUUGUCUGUCAGUAUUGCAACAAAGCCUUCACCUUGAACGAGACCCUCAAAAUCCACGAAAGAAUCCACACAGGUGAAAAACGAUACCACUGUCAGUUCUGCUUUCAGAGCUUUUUGUAUCUAUCCACGAAAAGGAAUCAUGAGCAGAGGCACGUUCAGGAGCACAAUGGGAAGGGCUAUGCCUGCUUCCAGUGCCCCAAAAUUUGCAAAACAGCUGCUGCCCUGGGAAUGCACCAGAAGAAACACUUGUUCAAAAGCCCAAGUCAGCGGGAGAAAACAGAAGGUGACGUGGGCCAGGAAAACUCACAUCCCCUGGAGAAUCCACAUUUCCUUGAUUCAGAAGACAGUGACCAAAAGGAUAAUGUACAAACCCUUGCUGAUAAUGUCCUUUGAAUGGUGAUAGUUAGAAAAAAUAUAAGUUGAUGGGUUUGGGGUUUUUUGGUUUUUUGUGUGUGUUUUAAUUAACUGUUUUGUUUUUGUUUAGUUUUGUUCACAUAACAGUCAUGAAGGAGUGAAAUGUAACAAAGAAAAUCUCAUUUUUGAAAAUUCAAAAAAAAAGGAUCCUAAUAUCUACUUUGGGUUUUGGCAUUAACUUCAUGCAGAGUGCACAAAAACAAAAUAGCUGAAUCUUCCAAUAUCCCAAGUAUCUUGUGAAAGUUUAUGAAGUGCUCAGUCGGGAUAUUUCUGCCAGUGGCAAGGGGUGGGGGGUGGGGGAGAGAGUUUAAUUUUGGCCCAAUUCAAAACUUUCUGAUAAGUGCUGAUGGGAACUGGCUGCUGAACUGUCUUUAGUCACUGGAGGAAAAAAAGGGUCAAAUAGCAUGAAAAUGUCAUCUUCCUAAAUAUGUUAAAUGGUAAAUGAGCUAUGACAGUCAUUAUUCCCAUCCAGCUUCUGCACUACUAAAAAUUGUUUAAAUUAAUGAAUACAUAUGAAAUACUUAAUAACAUAGCUGAAAAUGUGUGUGAAAUGAGUAACCCAAGUAGGACAUUCCUACGUUUAUCUAGAACUACUUUUCUGCAACACAAACCUUGUAAAAUGCAUAUAUAAAUCACGGUAACUUUUAACUGUCCAUGUCCCCUGUAGAGAAUUAUAAUGAUGAGCAAUAGACCUGCAAAUAAUGAGAACUGAUGUAAAAAUCAGUCGAGAGCAUUUUGAAUAUGACUUAAGAGCAUGUGUAUGCUUUCAGAUGGAAUGCUGUUCUCUUGAAGUUAUGGCUGAGCUGUUAUUAAACUGAUCUACUCAAGUCACAGAAAACAUAGGUCAUGCCUUAUCUGUGGGGGAGAGCCUUCCCAGAAGUUACCUGUGGUUACCUGUGCUGUGCUGUAUAUUCCUUUUUAGUGGCCUCACUUUAGAAAAUGAAGAAAGGUCACAUUCUUCUGAAACUCCCUGCAGUCUUCCAUCUACCACAAGACCAUGGACAUGGAGGUCUUUCCAAAUAGAUGUAACCAGGCUCAAGGGUUCAAGUAAAACCUGACACCUUCCAUGCCGCCGAAAGAGUGUGGAGGAAAUGUAGCACAAGGCAUGUGUACGGUGGUGAAUUCCCAGGCACUUGAAAGGGACAGAAAACCUAAUCCCUACAACUGUUAGCCUUCUUGGAGAUUAUGCAGCCCACAAGUAUAUUAAGAAAAGAAAGACAUAGCCCUGCCCUACCCAUUAGUGACUUGGGUGGGCAGAGGAAGUGAUGACCUUCCUUGCCUCCAACAGAGCUUUGUCUUUUGGGGGUGGGUGGAUAGAACGUGGAGUGACGCAGUUCCAUCACUUACUUAUGUGACUCAGAAAUAUAUCCACAAGCCAGAUGCCUUGUCUUCAUGUUUGUAGACAUCUACAACUUUGCUAAAAACCCACUUCUGUUUCUUAAUGUUCUUUUAAGCUAACCCACACCAUGAACACUGCCCUCAAAAUCUAAUUGCCCUGUAGGAUAUGCUAUCAUGUGGACUAGGUUCCUGGGGAGCUGGAAUUCAUGAUUCUUACUUAUUAAUCGGCCUGAAUAGGAGAGAGAGAGAGAGAGAAUACAUUCUUACCCUUUGAUCACAAGUAUGAGCAGAAUCUGGAACCUGGCUCAAGGAGGACCUGCAGCCUUGCAUGUUCAUGGGAUUUGAGAGCUGGAAACCCAAGGUUACCCAAGGUUGCACAGUUAAUUGUUGUGAAGAAGUAGCUCAAAAGACUCCAGUUUCUCUCUCCAAGUGUUGUGACGCCUCCACAAAGAAGACUUAGUAUGGAUUGGGGUGGGCAAGAAAGCAUUUAAACACCUAGAAAAGGACAUGAUCAAAGCUGACCUUUUUAUACUGUAGUACUUUGCUGUUAAAUAACCCCGAUACUGUAUUUGCAUUUAUCUUUUAUCUUUUUUGUUCAUCUACUUUCACUUACAAACAGUAUUAUGUAAUAGAGGAAAAUGGGAAAAUGCAGAUGAAUUCAACUUUAUUUUAUAUGUUGUAUAUAUGUAUACCUGCACUAUUCAUUUGGGUUUUGUUAAAGAGAUAGUCACAAAGGGCUUAUGGAAAUCAUUUUUGCAUUGAUUAGAAAAUCGAAUAAGCAAUCCUGUGACCGACUCAUUUGUUUAAUCUCAAUUAGGCUUAUGAAUCAAGGAGAAUUAUUGUGUAUUUCAGUCAUUUUGAUUUGAGGUAACUCCAAAUAUAAAAUUAUUACAUGUAGUGAUGUCUCCCAGCCCUUACACGUGGGUAUUUUUUAAGUGGACUUGUAUGCUAAUAAUUCUAGACCAAAGUAAAUAUGGCAGAAUAUUUAUACAUGAAAAAAUAAUUUUGCAAAUAUUUUCUAUAACUGUAUUAUUCGUUUAAAAUGUUGAUAGCUUGUGUUAGUUUCAGGGAGGGUUGUAUAUUUUGAUAAAAAAUACUUGACUUUGUAAUUCUGUAUAUUCUAUACAAUUUAUAGCAGAGCCGUUUUAAGACAGCCUUGUCACAUUUUUUGUUAAUUGUGAAAAUUUUAUUAUAAGUGAUGUUUAUGCAUUGAGUACAUAACGACCAACUAGAAUUCAAGUAAAGUGUGAACAGUGAACAUACUGUAUGCUGUACAAGAUUAUAUUGUAAUUUGCUGUUUUCACAUCUGUAUUUUGGUUAGAAGAUAUUAUUAAAUGCAGAUGUUAAGGGUUGGAAAAGUCUAAUUUUAUUUUCAGAACUAAUGAAUAUAAAUUUGUUUUUGCUUGACUAAAAUAGUUUAUUCCUAUGUUGUCUCUUUUUAAACAUUCUAAUGUUAAUUCUCUCGGGCAGCCAAGCAGCUCUUGCAUCUGUGUGAGUCACAGCAUUGUUUCACAUAUGAUUCAUUCAGUAUAUUCUGUUUCCUUGUUUACAUUCCAUGGUACCUGCUUACAUGCUUAGGACUCAAAUGGAAUAUGACAUUAAAAAAAGGCAGAAUAAAAGAGACUGAAAUCUU